AUGCUCACGAAGAGCAACAGUCAAGGAAAUCACACGCCAGGAGGAAUCGGCAAAGGGGGAGACAGUGGUAAAUGCAGAUCAGGCGAGUCGAGUCCGGGUUUCAGGUUCUGCAGGAGGCCAAAGAGAUCAGAGUUGUUGCCGCCGGGGAGAUUUUUCAGGCAUCUGGCUGAUAAGCUGUCCAAAGCCAUCUGUUUGAAGUGCAGAGCUUCGAGCCGGGUAUCUUCUUCUUCUUCUUCUUCUGCGGGGGGAGGGUCAAGGCAAUUUGUGGCGCCAAUUGAUGUUUACAGAAAAGAGGCCAUCGAGGAAUGUAUUGAGUUCAUCAACCACUCCUCUACUCUGCCUCGAUCCAAAUCUGUCUCCGUGUAA